UGUAAAAUAUCUAUGUAGAGGUAGGGGUUCUGCGUCGCAACCUUGUUACCCUCCCUCCCUCCAUCCCUCCCUCCCUGAUUCCACGCAGCACAGCGAGCUUGUUCCUUACCAGCAGCAUGACGAAGAUAAUCUCCGACGAGCUGCCGAGCAGCACUUCAGCGGAGACCACCAAAGGCAAAGGGCAGCCGUCACCGGCGGCUGGAUCAGCGGCGCACCUUGACGACGACGAGGAGGACGACGACAAAGUCUUUCAGCACGUGAUGGUCACUUUCUUCAUGUUCGUUUUCUUCGUCAUGUACGCCUUGUUAUUGUGGUCGGAUCUAGGGCAUUGGUACAACGUAAUCUUCACCGCCAUCACCUUCCUCUACUCCAUGGUCAUGAUCCACGUGUGGCUUAUCAAACGGCGGGACCAGAAGAAGACAUGUGAGCCCGAAGCAUGCGAAUUGACAACUGCUAUUAGCACACCCGGAGCACCAGAGUUGAUGCUGCUGGCAACCGGGAUCAUGUUAAUCUCCUUGGGGUUGGCAAUCUUCGUAUUUCGCCCAGAUUCCUUUGACUUGGCCUUGGUUGCUUUCACGGUCUUUUUAUCGACGGCGGCCAUGUUUAUUUUCCUGAAAUGUGCGAAAGUUGAAAGGAAGCGUUUAGAAGAACUUAACGCUACCUCAGAUCUAGUCUAGUUCCAAAGCAUUGGCAUCUAAAGUGCAACUGCCAUGUUUGUUUUAUUUACUGAAUAUACUCGAUAUAUAAACCCUACAGAAGAAGAUCUUUUUUCAUGUUACUUUUCUGGAUUUUGGCAUGCAUGGGCAUUGAUGGCUGUGAUC